CAAUUCUAGAUUUUGCAAUUUCUUGAGUUUUUCAUCGUCAAUUUAUGAAUUUUCAAGCUAUCAUUUGCAGUUUUAUCCUAGGAGUUGGUCUUGUUCUUAUAUGCACUUCUACUGGAACAGUUGAUGAAGAUACGAACUUCACUAAAACGACAUGUAAAAUAAUUUUCAUAAUCGGAUGUGUUAUGACAGCUAUUGGUGGUCUCGCAUAUGUUUAUACAAUUCAUGAAGUUUUAGUGAGAGCUCGCGAGAAAUUCCGUGCGAAGAAAUUGAGAAAGUUGGAGCAACAAAAUGCUCAAUUAAAGACAGUGUCCAUAAGGAUUGAAGGAGAAAAGAAUGUACCUGCUUGAUGGAUUUUUCUGUAAAUUCUUGAAAUCUGAAAAUGCAUAAUUUGUUUGAUUUUGGAGUAAUGUAUUGUAAUAAAUAAUUUUUUUGAAUAA